AAUAGCCAGGGAAGACGGACAGACAACAACGAGCCACGGCCGCGCGAGCGACGACAUAAACGCUAAUAAUAUUGGAAAUUGUAUAAAAAAUAAAUGAAAAUUUGUUAGUAAAGUUAGAAAAAUGGUUUUGUUUGUAAAUUGAGUGAAAAUCUGCAUAUUUUGGUGUAUCGAUUUUUAAUUCAUAUAAACUUGAUUAUUUUGAACAGCAAGCCGUAAGCAAAAAAUGGACUACAAAAAACUAAAACGUCAAAUAUGUAUAAAUUUGUGUGUAUAAAUGUACAUUUGCACUUACAAAUAAGUGAACGAUUUGAUUUGCGAAUCGUGAAGGCGACAAAGUCGACGAAGAAGAACGAUUUCAAGUAUUGAACAUUAAAAAGUAAAAUUAUAUGAGUACAUUUGCAUAAAACAAUUGUUCUUGCUUCUACCUAAAUAUUACUAGUGUUGACAGCGUGGAAAAGGUGUGGAUUGUAGGCAAAUUGUGGGAAAUGCAUUGAUGGCACUCACUGACAUUCAGUUCUUAUAAGUAGUAGUUUGGAAAUAUUGGUUUAUUAAGCAGAUUAGAGGAAUCACACUUUUCAAAGCARUCAUAAAAUUUUGCGCUGUAAACUUUAUAAAAUCUUGAAGCUAUAUCCYAGCAAAGAAAUCGAUACAGCGCCUUAGUCCUGCUGGUCAGCAGUGACAGCUAUUUCCAGCAGCGGAAACCACAUAUAUAUAUGUACAUCACAUAAAGCAAGCUGUUGGGCUGUUGGAACGAAGGAAGAGCUGGCAUCCCAUGGUUACGAAUGUAUACUACGCACGAAACUCGGCAGGUCACGACAAUUGGAAGAGUUGUAAACGGAGUGGGUGCAGCUGUAAGAUCACGACAACUUGAUCUUUAGGCCACAAAAUCAUUGAAUUUGAACACAUCAUCUUUCCCAUGAUAUCAUCAACCCUGUAAUGGAGAAAAAUAYACUGGCUGCUGAGGACAGCGUCGACUCAAUACCGGGUCCGGCGUAUGAACAUAUUGUUGUCACAACGGCCCCCUUAGUACCGGCUGUUAAAAGCGGCCUGAUCUCUACGAACAUUUUGACAGUAACGGAGAUGGAAGAUGCGGAUAUGGAGGAGGAGGAUUGUAGUGAAGGUAAUGAAGAAAAUAUGGACGUAAGAUAUGAUCAAGAUGAUCAAGAAGUGAGAGAAGAUCAACAGCAGGAACCUGAAACUGAAGGCGGCAGCUUUGUAGGAGAUGAUUUCAGUGAAUGUGAUGAUUAUAAAGAAAAUGAACGGAACCUGAAGCUAACAGGUCUAAAUGCAUUAGAACAAGCUACAGUUGAUGUUGAUGCACAUACUGAGCAAGUAAGCCAAAUUGAUAAUAGUAGUGCAGUCACAGUAACAACAACAUUGGUUAACUCGUUACCCAAGCUGAAUUCACAAACGGGAGCAGCGGUCGAAUCGUCUUUAGAAGGUGUGGGUAUUUGCCCUGUACCGGUGCAAAUUGUUUCCGCCAUGACCGUGAAGCCUAAAAUGUUGCCAAUGAAAACAAAAAAUAAUAAACUUGUUAUGGUACAGAUGAUGAAUGAGCCGCCAAUGGACAGCACUCAAGUGGCUAUGCAUAGUUCAUCGUCUAGUCAAAUUUCCAAUGGCUUGCGCAGAACAAUCGAUGAGGUUGCUGAGUCUGUUGUCUCAGAUGCAGAUAAACUAAACUCUCCUGGCCAAGAAAAAUCUCCGGAUUCGUUACAACAUAAUCAACAACAUCAAAACGCACGCUUUCUUGCACGGAGUAGUACACCGUUAUCACGUGAAUUUCUCGCACUCCAACGUUCUGUGAAUGAAUCAAAGGUUUUGAGUGAAUUUGUAACCGACGCAGUGCGAAAACGCCAAAAGAGUGCGCCAAAGGAUGCUAAUGAACUAACUUACACGCAACAACAACAACAUCACCAUAAUAAUCAUCAUUAUCAUGGAGAAAAGCAGCGCAAACAUAGCAAAUUCGCUCCAUUGAAAGACGAUAGUGGAAGUUCGACAUCGAGCAACUUGCAACGCCGUUCACGCAGCAAGAGCGUCAAUCGCAAAAGUGAAGAUAUUCUGGAUACCUCAACUGGCAAGCUUAAACGCUGGCCAUCUGAUGAGAAGAUGCUUAAACGCACUAAUAUGCGUUCACAAAAUUCGGAAUUUGUGCAGAAACAAAUGGAAUUUUUGAAUCGUGUCAAACACGAUGAAGGUGAAGUUUCCUCAGAAGCGGAUGAUGGCGAGCGUAGUUUUGUCAAUGUUGGUGAAGAUGAGGAUAUAAAUUUGGUGGUGGUCGAGAAUAAUAUAAUGAAUGAUAGCAAUGCAUCGCUUGCCGGUUUUGUGGGGAGUACAAAUUCUUUGCUGGACACAACGUUGGAGCGUGAGGCGCCAGUAAAUAUUGCCACAACAUCUAAUGUAGAUAGUGUAGAGGCACGCUUAAUAAAUUAUUGGGCACCACCUCCAAAAAGAGGUUGGGAUAGUUUUUGUUGGAAAUGUCGUGAGUGUGCCGACCUAUUUCCGUGUUCCAAAUGUGUGCGCAGCUUCCAUUGCACUUGCAUUAAGGUGACAGCGGCCACAAAAUUAGAUGAUUCGUGGGUAUGCCCAGAGUGCAUGAGUGUGGAGAACGUACUUAAUGGACCCAAACGCAGUUCUCGUCGCAAUGAGAUGUCCUUAGAUGUGUUGAGUCAGCUUCUUUCGUUUGCUUUGAAACGCAUGAAAAUGGUUAAAGGGUAUUCCAAGUUCCUAUACACUGACAGUUUUCUAUUACAUUACGCCAAGUACAUUGCAAACCCGGUUACAUUCACAACGUUACAGGAGAGAAUAGAGAAACGCGCCUUUCGUUGUUCCGAAGAGUUCCUCAACGAAACAAAAUGGAUACUACACAAUGCUCUCAUCCUUAGCAGUGGCAGCUCUAGUAAAGAGGUGUUCACUGCCAAAGCCAUAUUGAAAGUUUGUCGGCAGGAAACCAACGAAAUCGAUACCUGCGGUGAGUGCUAUUUGAAUGCCAACACGCGUACCGAUUGGUUUGUGGAUGUUUGCACGCAGCCACAUCUAUUACUUUGGGCAAAGUUGAAGGGAUUUCCGUAUUGGCCAGCAAAAGCCAUGGGUCCCGGACAAGGACUGUCACAUGUGAAUGUACGCUUUUUCGGCGAACAUGAUCGUGCUUUUGUGCCGAUCAAAGAUUGCUUUCUGUAUUCGGAGCAGGAUCCAAAUACACAAACUGGCAAGCGUUCGGCGCGCGAGCUGGCCGAUUGCAUUAAAGAAGUUGAGGUGCAUAUUGAGAAGAUUAGAACUAAAGUGGGUGCGUUUAAGUAUGCCAAAUUCAAAACACCUUACGAACCGACUGAGGAGCUGCAGCAAUUGGAAAUGAUGAUACCCGGUGUAAUGGACUAUAUGAAACGGCAACAGGCUUUGGUGCCGAAACCUUCCUUGCAAUAUAAAAUUGUUAAGACCGCGGAUAAUCAUUUGUCGAUUAUUAAAAAGGCAUGUACUACAGAGUCGAGCAACGAUUCGGAUCAUUCUGUUAGUCCAAAUAAGAAGUCCAGUAGUAUUACAAGUACAAGUGGCAUUUGUACUGCUGGUGACGUCAAGGCAGCCAUAAUUACGCCUAAGUAUGAAGUGGUUAGCAAAGCAAGUUCUGACGAUAGUAAUUCGUCAAAGGUGACCGCCGUCAUUUUGAAACGCAAAUCGUCUAGCGAACACAAAAGAGAGGCUGGAGAAGAGCUUGAGCUACCAAUGCCGAAGGUAAUAAAAUUCGACAAAGAAGAAACUGAUCCGCGCCGAUUAACCGGUGCCAUUCUUACUGGUAAUGUCGAUGGCAACGUGGAAACCUGUGGUAAACGUAAAUAUGGCAUUGAAACUUGUGGCGAAGGUGUAAAUUCAAGCGCCAGUAGUGUGGGUAGUACCUCUAGAGUGGCUGACUCAACUGAGCGUCCACGCACGAAGCAUGCCAAGCAUGAGCCACGUGUUCCAAUGAUUACGAUUAAAACAAAUGCAAAUGCAUUAACAGUGGCAAUUGGUUCCGACAGCAAAGCUGCUACCUCACUAGCAGCACCUAACUCAAAUUGCUCCAACACUACAAAAUUUAGCGUGGAAGCUAAGACAACAGUUGCUGUAACGGAAGAUCUUGCUGCCGCAGCAAUGCCGGCACCAUUGACUUCAUCACCAAAUAAUGCUCAAGCCCUAAUGGAAAACUUAGUUAAGAAUAAGCACGGUGUCACAAUUAAGAAGAUAUCAAAGGAGGGUUCAAUGGGAAAACCCGAUGAAUCUGCAAAGUUGGUGGUGGCAAUGGGCACAGCAAUAGAAGAGGGGCCAGCAAAAGUUGACAGUGAUGCGAAGACAGCGAGUGCGGCAACGGAUACUCCAGGCGGUACACAAAAAACUAGAUCCACCAACAGUACUGAUAAUGAUAACAGUAAUGCAAAUGUCAACAAGAACGCGGAAAGCAGCAACAGCAGCAGUAGCUGUACGAAUAAAACUGAGGAUAGUAAGAAAUGUACUACCAAAUCUACAACAAAUACGCACAUACUAAAAGAUUUGGUGCCUUUUAUUGAGAUAAAGAAAGAAAUUACUUCGGACGAUGAAGCAGACAUGCAAGUAGCGGCCAACAUAAGUGCAGAGAAUAUCAAACAAAUGAACGAAAAAGCUUCCAAGGUCACAACGGAAGCUGUGCCAACACCAAAAGCAAACGUUGAUACUAAUGCGCAUGUUUCAUUACCUGACAACGCAGUGCCGGCUGUACUGCCGAACUUGUCUCUCGUCAAACAAGAAGUAAUGUCAGAUGAGGAGGAAACCACUACCGCCACAGUUAAUACUGCACAGGCAGAGCUGAACACAACAUCGUCUGGUGGAGAUAAUGCAAACAAUAAUCSUACCGCCGCAUUACCCGAUGCGGUACGUGUUGGCGACACUAUGAUCCAGCGUGUGAAUGCUAAAAACAAUCGCAAUACACAACCAAGUCUAGUUGUACUCAAAACUCUUGCUCAAACAAAUCCGGAGGGCGCUAUUGCAAUGGAUAUACCAAAUGCGCAAUCGUCGGCUGGUAUCCAUAUAAGUCCCCCUAAUAAACGACCGAAUACUCGAGGUGUGCCAUAUGGUCCACUACCGUCAUCUGCUGUUGUUCAGUCACAUCCGCAGACACAAAAAAACACAAAUAAUUCAGCGAAUCGCCCUACAAUGCAACAACAACACCAAUUACCCCAGUCAUCCUCACCGCCGCAAGUGCAAUCUCAAUCACAAUCGAUGCAGUCGCUUCAGCCGCUUCAACGGGCACGCAAAUCAUUUCCAAAUCGCGGUACGCCUGAUGCUGGUGCAACGCGCAACAACUUCUCCAGCGCACCACUUUCAUCGCCUGCUCUACCGCCGCCCUCUACAUCGCCCUUAGCAAAUAGUAAUGACUUGAAACGGACGCUCUUGAAGAACAGUAUGGUCUCCAUACCAAGACAAGCUUGGUCGCCGCAUGAGCCUCAACGUAAUGCCACCGUUAGUAGCAGCAAUACCACYACACAUUCUAUACCAGUGCCACCGCUGACUGCCGUCUCCAAAACAYCCGCGGUGGUGGCGGUGUUAGGGGACAACAAUAAUACAGKUAGCCAAAACAACAAUAAUAACAUGUUGGUUAACACGAAUCCUAUAMCGAAUGUUGCCAUCAAUUCCGCGGCAAUAGUGACACCAUUUGUCACUUGCAAUGGCAGUAUUGGUCCAAACGGAACUGCUCUACUUACUCCACUCACUAUGUCAGCACCACCGCCUUUGGCGGGACUCUCUCAACCAUCGUCUAAUAUGUUGGCACCUACGGUAGGCGCUGCUUUGUGUUCAAAUAUACCUAUGAGUGGCAACAAUAUUCAUGCCAGUAGUGGUAACGCUAUCGUGUCUAUAUCCUCAGCAGUUGAACUACCUACACCACAAGCAGUAGGCAUUCCUAGUAACACAAUCAGCGUGGCCAGCACAUCGAGUGCUGAUAUUGUAACAGCUAGUUUAACUUCCAUGGUUACGGAUGCGAUAUGCCGAGGUCCACCCAGGUUGAUGCAACGUCCUAACGGUCCAUUAAAAUCGGACGGUACGACAAUGUUUCCCUCACAAGCGGGUCCGGUGUGUCAGACGCUGGUAGAGAAUGCGCAUAAGUUAACGGACUUCUUUAUAUCUGUUAUGGAGGACACCAUGUUAGAGAUGUCCGAAGGCGAUGAACCCGUUUUACAAGCUAAAAUAACAAUACUAAAAAUAGAGCUUGAGCGCACCAAGCAAGCAUAUGAGCAUGAAAUWGCCGAACUCAAACGCACCUCUGAUUUGAUGCUCUCCGAAAUGCGUAAAAGCAUGGAGAACGAGAAGACUCGCAUCUCCAAUGAGAUACGCAAGCAAUGCGAGCAAGAACGUUUGAGAUCCAUCGAGGAAACUAAAAAAAAGCAGUGGUGUUCAAAUUGUGGUCGAGAGGCACAGUUCUAUUGUUGCUGGAAUACAUCGUAUUGUGAUUAUCCUUGCCAACAAAUGCAUUGGUCGCGUCAUUCGGCCACCUGUGCGCAGACACGACCGACUAUUGCUAGCGCUAGCGAUAGUUUGGCGAAAACCGUUAGCACUAUGACGACAACGGUAUCGGCAAUGGGUCUACAACAACAACAACAACAGCAACAAAAUGUUGGUUGUGGUAGUAAGAAUUCCAAUAAUAAUAUGAUGGCCGUCACAACAACAACUUCAAUGUCUGGRUCACAACAAUCGCAAUCAACACUGUAUAACAAAAACACAAUGAACAACAAAAAGGAUAAGCACGGUGCAUCGAAAGUAAGUCAUCAGCAAUCCGCUUCAAAUUCGUCCGCUAACAACUCGAUGAACUCAAUUGCCGCUGCCAAUGCUGCCGGCGUGGGAGUCGCCUCGGGGGCAGCAACGGAGUUACUGAAAUUGCCCUCUAAUACAUAUUUGCGCACGGUGCCGCAGUGCGGCAAUGCUGGGAAUAAUAAUAACAGCGGUGGAAAUUUGCGUGGCUCAACGUACUCCGUGCAACGCGUCAAUAUACCGCUGCCCAUCACUGCUUUGGUACAACGCGGCAAUAGCUGGGAGCUUACCAGCGCAGCUCCCAAUAAUAAUGUGGGCGCUGCCAAUAUGGCCACAAUAACUGCACCAGGAUCGAAUGUUACACAGGCUAUGACUCAGUUAACAACUCAACAYCAGCAACAACAACAACAACAUCAUCAACGUAUGCUUAGUGGUGGUGGCACUGGAAAUAUCAGUGGUGGUACAUCAUCGAAUAUGUCCGCGUCAAGAAGUACUUCGCGCAACCGUGCGGCUGCUGCAGCGUUGCAACAAACAAUGGCCACCAUGCAAAGUGCAGCUAGUGGAGCGGCAACAUCUAUGUCUUGUGGCAUGCUACGACCAACGCAGAUGUGAUGAUGAGCCGAGGACGCGUGCUCAAAUGUCGGCAAUCACCAAGUAACAGCGUCCACAAAUAAUGCAAUACCAAUGAACCGCAGUUUCAGCAAUAAGAAAAGCAGCAAAGGCGCAGGAAAACUUAAAAAAACUGCAACAGCGUUGCGUGCUAAAAUGCAAAGUGCAGUAACAAACGUAGUGACGAAGAAACAUUCAUUACCGUCAAUGAUUGAAAGUUCGCCGCUUUCCAUUACGCUUGUGAGGAAGUGAAGUUAAUUUUGUGGGAAAAAAAUUAAUGAAUAUGUAAAGUGAGAUUCUAAAAUGGUAAGAAGUGCGUUUACUUUCAAUUACUUGCCUUCAUGACACAAUUUACAACAAUUACAACGAAGUGCUGGGCACUCGAAUAUGUUUUCAAUUUGACAUUUUGCUUAAGUUUUCCCAUUUAAUAAGUAGUUUUAAGCUUUGUAAAUAAAAGUCUUUAGUUUAGUUAUUAAUGUAACYGAAUUUCAAAUGCCUAUCUAUGGUUAAUGCAAAUAGUUGGGGUUCUGCGGCUCAAGCGCGCAAUUAUCUCUGGUAAAAAAAUGAAAUUAAACGAAAAUAUAUGUAGUUAUAUUAAUAUUUGUAGUUAACUGUACUCGAAACAUAUGCCUAAAUACUAAGUUGUAUAAAUUAUAAAUUUACAUAUGUUUAAGUAACUUUAAAGUAUUGUUCCAUUUGAGAAUAAAUUUUKAGUGAAGUACAUAAACAUACAUAUAUAAACAUACUUGUAUAUAAACCAAUAGACAUACCGUACAUGAAUUCAUUAAAUCAUAUCUGCAAAAAUACAUAGAAACAUAAAUGUAAAAAAUCACGUAAACACAUUUGUAWAUGAUGCAUUAAAACAUACUUAUUUAUAUAGACAUAUGUAUACCUAUACUUACAUAGUAUAAUACAUAAAUUAUAUUAACAUACUUAUUAAAUAAUAAUUCUCUUAGUUAUAAUUUCGCAUUACACACUACCACAAGGGGUAUUUUUAAGUACUAGUUUGUAUUUCAAAAGGAAAUAGUGAAAAACUACCGUUAUUUGCUUUUAGUUGAUAUUUAAUUAAAAACAUACAUAUAUGCAAGUGUCGAAAAAUAUAUACACUCAUCAAAAUUUUCUAGUUAUUAAAUAAUAAUUUAUCUUGUGAAAAUAUAUAUAAAACUACAGGCUCAUGUCACGCUAAAUAUACGUUUUGAGUUAACGAAAUCUAAUUUAAGUUCACAUUAUGGAUCAGAAACUUUCGUAAUAUUGAAUGCAGUUUUUUGUAUAAUAAGUGCUUCUAUUAUAUGAACUACUUUGUUUCUACUUUUGCAUUGUAUGUAAAUAUAUUCAAUAGUAUUUUAUUUGAGUAUAGAUUUUUACGAAGGGUUACUAUUAAAUGGCUUGUAAAUUACUUUAUGCAUUAUCAUAACAUAUUUAUCUAUAACGUCUAUACAUAUACAUACAUUUUAUUUGGUAUGUGUAUAUCUACAUAUAUAUGUAUUAUCCGAAGUAACUAUUCACAACUGGACUUGAACCUAUUUUGAAUUCCAUAAUUUUGCUAAAUAAUUAAAUUAAAAUAA